AUGACUACCAUCACCAAAACUCAUCCUGCGCUGCGGAUACAUGCCCGCGAGAAGCUCCAGCUCGACCAGAUCCCUCCUUUACCUUGCGGGCCCAACGAAGUUCGACUCAAGAUUGCCUACUGCGGCAUUUGUGGCUCAGAUAUUCAUGAAUACCAGGCACUCCCUAUCUUUGCUCCUCCCCCGGGCGGCAAGCAUCAUGCUACAGGAGUUGAGCUGCCGGUGGUCAUGGGCCAUGAAAUGUCGGGCACUGUGACCGAGGUUGGGUCAGCAGUCAAAGAUCUGGAGGUCGGCCAAAACGUGGCAGUCUGCCCCUCGCUGGACGAUCGCUCUUACAACGAGCCACCGUGUUCAACAUGUCGCCAGGGCAAAGUCAAUAUCUGCAAGCGCUUUGCCACCUACGGACUGAGUGCCUGGGGAGGAGGGUUCUCGACUGAGAUCGUGGUCAAGGACUUCAAUUGCUUCCCUCUCCCAAGCUCAGUGUCCCUGAAAGUGGGAGCCCUGACUGAACCUCUUGCAGUAGCCUGGCACAGCAUUCGGACGUCUGGGUUCCAGAAAGGCCAGACCGCUCUCAUCCUUGGCGCUGGUCCCAUUGGACUUGCCAUUCUGCUCUUGCUCAAAGCGUGGGACGCGAGUAAGGUGGUCGUAACCGAAGUCACGGAGGCCAGACAGCAACAAGCACAAAAGUUUGGUGCCGACUUGGUUAUCAACCCUCUACAAAAGCCUGCAGGCGGGGAAUCUACAGAUCCAGUGGUGGAGGCUAUUAGGACUCUCUCUGAAGACGGUGUUGACGUUGCCUUUGACGCCACGGGGCUUCAAUCGACCUUGGACACGGCUCUGGCGGCCACACGACCCGGAGGAACUAUUUUCAACGUCGCCAUCCACGAGAAACCACUGUCCUUGAACCUAAACGAUAUUGGAUUCCUCGAGAAACGCCUCCUGGGCGGAAUCUGUUACACCAAGGAAGACUAUGAACAGGUAAUCAAGGCCAUGGCAUCCGGGAAGAUCCCCUUUGAGCAAAUGAUUACUUCGGUCGUACCUCUGACGAACGCUAUCGAGGGCGGAUUCAUGGAGCUUAUCCGAAAUAAAGCCAAGCACGUCAAGAUCUUAAUCCAGCCCGAACAGGACUAA